CAAUAAUCAAAAAACUCACCUUGAAUGACCUUGAACUCGCCGUUUGCACAUGUGUGGUUUGCAUUUGAAAUAAAGUUUUAUUGGAAUUUAGAUUUACAACUCAUGAAGUGAUUGAAUAAGUGAUUUUAAUAUACCUGAAUAGUUAGCGAGACUGUGAUUUAAGUGGUUUAUAAAUAACUAUUACCCAGAACUUUGAGUUUCAAAGAAAAAGAUUGAAUACCUACAGGAAAUAAACUUACACGCGCCGGUUACAAAGAUAAUCGAAAGAAAAGAAAAUGCUGACGUUUUCUUGAGUAACGGUCCAACGGUCGGUAACGUGAAAAAUAGUCGAAUAUCAAGAAGUAGGAUAAGUUCUAGCCGGGAUUAACUAGAUUUCGGUCAGAAUGGCAGAAACGGAUAACAAAGCCACUAUAGACACAGUGAAGGUUGCUCUGAGGAUUAGGCCUUUGAUGCAGGCUGAGAUUGACCGAGGGGUCGACGAAUGUAUCGAAGUGGUGCCUGGAAACCCUCAGGUGCAGAUAAAACACCUGUGUUUCACAUACAACUAUGUGUUCGCACAAUACAUCACUCAACAGGAAUUCUAUGACACAGCUGUUAAAGGACUCAUUGAUAGACUUUUUGAUGGGUACAACAUAACCCUACUUGCCUACGGUCAGACUGGCUCAGGAAAAACAUACACAAUGGGCACAAAUUACUCUGGAUCUGACGGUGACUCCACUAAACUAGGUGCAAUUCCUCAAGCUGUAGCAGACAUAUUUAAAUACAUAGAGAUGCAUGAUGAUAAAUUUAUCUUCAAAGUGAGUGUAUCAUUCAUGGAGCUAUACCAGGAGCAAUGUUACGACUUGCUGUCUGGAAAAAGCAGAGGGCAUAGUAUUAUAGAAAUAAGGAAGGAUACCAACAAGGGUGUUAUUUUGCCAGGUAUAACUGAGCUCCCUGUAACAUCGACUAUGGAGACGAUGAUGGCGCUAGAGCAAGGGUCGAUCGGUCGCGUGACGGGCUCCACCGCUAUGAAUCAAGCCUCGAGUCGGAGCCACGCCGUCUUCACCAUCGUCAUAGCUAAGGAGAGCCGGACUGAUAAAAACCUAGCAACCACUUCAAAGUUCCAUUUUGUCGAUCUGGCUGGUUCAGAGCGCAUCAAGAAGUCUAAAGCGGUGGGUGAAAGGUUGAAAGAGGGUGUGAAGAUCAACCAGGGUCUGCUGGCGCUGGGCAACGUCAUAUCGGCACUGGGAGACGGCACCAACAGGAGCUUUAUUAGCUAUCGGGAUAGCAAACUCACAAGACUGUUACAAGACAGUCUCGGUGGUAAUUCGUUAACUCUAAUGGUGGCUUGCGUAAGCCCGGCUGAUUAUAAUUUGGAUGAAACGGUAUCAACACUCCGGUACGCGGAUCGUGCUAGACGCAUCCGUAACAAACCUAUCAUCAACCAGGAUGCUAGAGCGGCGGAAAUUCUGAGAUUGAACAAAUUAGUGAAUGACCUCAGGCUUCAACUAGUUGGGAAAAUACCCACAACCAGUUAUGCAGAUGCAGCUUCUAACGAGCAGUUACAGGAACAACUCGAAGCAGAAAGAGCAAAAUAUGCAGAGCUACUCAAGAAGCAUAAACAAGUGACCCAACACCUUAGGAACAUGUUAACAGAAAACACAAAUUUCUGUGAAAAGGCUCUGCUGGCAGAAACGGCCAAGGACAAAAUAGAACAGAAAUUAAAUGUGUUGAGAGAACACUGCAAUCAAAUUAUAGAAAACUUGAGUACCACAGAUGCAAUUCAAGAUGAUAACAGUCAGAAAACCCAUGUUAUGGACUACCUUAAACAUAUCAAAACUUGUAUGGAAGACUUGCAGUCGGUUAAUAGCAAGAUGGAGGAAGAAUUAAUUGAUCACGAGAUAAAGUUGUCGUUUAUUAAGAGUGAAGAUGGUGAGAAAUCUGAGGAAGUUGAGGAGCUGAAUGACGACCAGGCGGUUAUGGAGGAGGAAAAAAGAGCUAUGGGACAGAUCGCGCUUAGCCAAGAACUGCAAGAGCUCAACCAUGCUAUAGCCGUCAAGGCAUCUAUAGUGCAAGCUAUGAGAAAAGAUAACAUAGAAAUGAUGGACAGCUACAACAACCUGCAAGAGAAUGAAGAGAGGAUCUCACAGUUGGAGAAAGAGAAGGAGCAACUCAUGCAGCAAUUAAAGCAGACUAAGAAGAAAGACCCAUCACAUGACGAACGCCGCAACAAAGUCUCGGAACUGGAGUCUCAGAUAUCAGAGCUGAAGAAGAAGUGCCAACAACAAGCCAACAUCAUCAAGAUGAAGGAGAAGAACGAGAGCAAGAUUAAAGCCUUGAAUGCUGAGCUGAUAGCCAUGAAAGCUACUAAGGUCAAAAUAAUUUGUCAAUUGCGAGAAGAAAGUCAGAAGUUCCGUAAAUGGAAGGCGGACAACGAGCGCGCGGUGCUGCGCCUGCUCAACGAGGACCGCAAGCGCGCCACCGCCAUGGCCAAGAUGGAGUCGCUGCACGCCAAGCAGCAGAACGUACUCAAGCGCAAGAUGGAGGAGGCCGUCGCCGUCAACAAGCGACUGAAGGAAGCUUUAGAUAGACAAAAGACGACAGCGAUGAAACGCAACGCCAAGGGCAAUCUGAAAGCCGGCGCCGUACAACAAUACAUCGAACAAGAGCUUGAAGUACAUGUCAGCAUUAUUGAAGCGGAGAAAUCCUUAUAUGAACUUAUGGAGUAUAGGGCAUUGAUAACAAAGCAGAUAGAGACUCUUCACAACAAAUCGGAAGACGAGGCCACCAGAGAGAAGAUCGCUGAGCUAGAGGUCGACCUCGCACUACGCAAGGCGCAGAUUUCAGACCUGCAACAGAAGAUUCUGACUGCUGAUCAAGAAAACAAAUCCCGCACGCAAUGGGACAAUAUACAGUCGAUUCGCGAAGCCAAAAUCGCUCUCAAGUGCUUAUUCGACCUGUUGGUGGAAGCGAAACGGGAUCUGAGCAAUCAGAGCGAGAAAGCCUUUCAAGCGCGGUACGAAGAAAUCAAGGAGUCGUAUGACAGGCUGAAGAUGGAGUAUGACAGCUGUAAGACAGAAUACGAACAGCGGUUGGCUUCAAUGAAAUCGGACAAAGACCAGACGAUAAGUGAUUUAGUAGCCCUACAGAGAGGUCUGGUAGGGCGCAGUGACCGCAGCGAGGCGUGCAAGCAUCUGCAGAAUAUGAUCAAGGUGCAGCAAGAGAGGCUUGAGCAGGUCGAGCAGGAGAAUGAAAGGUUAAUAUACGAGUUAGAGGAGAUUAGGAACGUCACGAUACGCCGCAAGAAAGACAUUAAGCGUGACGUCGGGAAUCGAGUAGAAUUCUCGCCUUCUGACGAGGAGAAAGAGGACGAGGACAAAAACAAGGACUGGAGGAAGACGCCUUUGUUCAAUCGAAUACAGGCACAACGCUCCCAUCUAACGAAGAUCUUUACACAACCCGACACGACUAUCCGACAACUAGCCGUGAAGCGCGGCAGCGACGGCGCGCCGCAUUGCACGUGCCGCGGACAGUGCUCCACCAAGAUGUGUGUCUGCGUCAAGUCUAACAAGCCGUGCGACGCGACUUGUCGCUGCCAGCCGCUACAAUGCGUGAACCAGCGCACGUCGUUCGACGCUGAGGACAAGGAGAACAAUGAAAGGUUAAUAUACGAGUUAGAGGAGAUUAGGAACGUCACGAUACGCCGCAAGAAAGACAUUAAGCGUGACGUCGGGAAUCGAGUAGAAUUCUCGCCUUCUGACGAGGAGAAAGAGGACGAGGACAAAAACAAGGACGAGAGGAAGACGCCUUUGUUCAAACAAAUACAGCCGUCCAGCACUACAACAGAAACUUCCGCGAUUCCCAUCUCUGACAAACGACUUGACUCGUCGCAGGAACUAAGCGAAGCAUCGCUAAAAGAGAUAACGUUAGAAGAAAAUCCAAAGGAAUUUGUUGAGCAAAACAUUACUCCAAAGCGAAAUCAACGUUCAUUGCUCCCAUUGUCGGAUAGGAAUUAAAAAGGAGUGGACAAAAGCAGACUUGGAUGUUAGCACUGCUAUUAUACCAUACAUGUGUGGCACUGAUGUCUGGUUAUUGCGCCAAUAGCCAGACAAUUCAGUCCAAUACGGGAUGGACGUUGCCCAGUACAAUGUGCUCUCGAACGUCUUCAAGUUCCUUAUGCGAGAGGUUACGCUCUGUGAAUACAGUUUUGCGUACUAUGCUCUUACUUAAUGCAAUUUUACAUGUUAGGGGCAUGAGACGGGCCUGCCCGCGAAAUUCAAAUUUAAUUUGGUUUUUCGCAAUUU